UUCCACGCCAUCAAGUCUUGACCGAGGGCGCACCAUGCGAGGUGGUGGCUUGCGAGUCUGAGGUAUUAGGUAUUAGGCAGCGGCGCGUUUGUGCGCGCUAGCUGCUAGCACGCCCGGCCGGCGACGGCCGAGGCCAGGCGGAGGAUGAUCCUGGGUAUCCGCCGACCCAGCUUGCCCGAGGUGCCAAUGAACUCCCGACUGCGAUCGGCAACGCCAGCUUCGUGGGGGCACGGCGGGCCUGGCGGUCAAGGAGCGUGCUGUACAGGACUCGCCGUCGCCACCGCAUGACGGUCGAUGUCACGCUUCCGAGCUGCCGCGCACAUGCUAUGGCAAGCCGCAGAAAUCUGGAGCGGCUGCAGAGUCGAAAGCCAACGAUUGUCUCAAUUGGGGUGUAAAAAAAAACACCUUGGCUACAUGCUGAGUGAAGGGUGAGGAGGCGAAUCAGCGCAUCGGAGUCUGUAAAUUCUGAGCGCAGAGACAGGCAGCAGAGACCCUCCACUGCAGAAAUGGGAGUCCGAGGCCUUGCGCUGCGGGGACCUCGGGCUUCAAAACUUGACUGGGGCACCGCAGCGGACUGCGUGCUCCGCUGCAUGCUCUGGAAAUCCGGCGUGCCAAAGUGAACGUGCAUGCUUCCCCCUUGCGCUUCCCACGUGCUCCUCUUCACGUCAUCUUCUCUUUCACACCUGGUUGGCUGCGCAGGUGGUUAGGCGGCGCGCAAGUUCACUGCUGAAUGCUCGACGCCAUGAUGUGCCUAAGCUUGACCGAUUCUGCAGCCAGGCUUUCCGGAACGGAGGCGCUGCCAGCCAGAGGGCCGAGUGCAUGGUGGAACGUGCGCCGAGUCAGCGGCAGGUUGACUCUGCGGCCACGACAGCGCCACACGGUCGGACCUGGGACAGAAGAACAUCCCUUCAAGAACAGAGAACCCUCCGCUGGACAAGCCGAAGAAUCUUCGAGAGUACCCUUUCUCCCAGGAUACACAGGAACGUGCAACGAGGCACCCUCCCCAAGCCGACCUCGGUCUUCUACCUCGGUCCGACUGUAAUCACCACGUGAGCGCCGGCAGCCGCAAGCGAGAGAAGUCCGCCGGCACCGCGCGGGCACCAGUGCCCUCGCCUCCAGGAGGAGGAGGAGGAGGAGGAGGAGGGAGACGAGGGGGGAGAGAGGGGGGGAAGCGUCGUGCCGGUCCGCCCGCCGGCCGAGGCAUCGGGGUGCGCCGCCCUCGGCGCCCCCUCGGGACCUCAGGAUGCGCCGGGUGCCCCACGGCAGUGAGGCUGGCGAGGAGGAGCAAUCCAAUCC